GGGCGGGGCUUUGGGCGAUUGCAGCCGGCGGUCGGUCCGCCGGUCGGCGGCUGUGUGGGUAGCCGCCAGGUCGGCGGGGGCGGAGACGCGGGAGGUUGAUGGGGGUCGCCUCAACCUCGGCCUCAACCUGUAGCACAGCUUCAGCCACGCAAACGGAGAUGGUGCCCUGGGUGCGGACGAUGGGGGAGAAGCUGAAGCAGCGGCUCCGGCUCGACGUAGGACGCGAGAUCUGCCGCCAGUACCCGCUGUUCUGCUUCCUGUUGCUCUGCCUCAGCGUCGCCUCCCUACUUCUCAACAGGUAUCUUCAUGUUUUAAUGAUCUUCUGGUCAUUUGUUGCUGGAGUUGUUACCUUCUAUUGCUCAUUGGGACCAGAUUCUCUCUUACCAAAUAUAUUCUUCACAAUAAAAUACAAACCCAAGUUAGGACUUCAAGAAUUAUUUCCUCAAGGUCGUAGCUGUGCUGUUUGUGGUAAAGUGAAAUGUAAACGACAUAGGCCUUCCUUACUACUUGAAAACUACCAGCCAUGGCUAGAUUUGAAAAUUUCUUCCAAGGUUGAUGCAUCUCUCUCAGAGGUUCUUGAAUUAGUGUUGGAAAACUUUGUUUAUCCGUGGUACAGGGAUGUAACAGAUGAUGAGUCCUUUGUUGAUGAGCUGAGAAUUACAUUACGGUUUUUUGCAUCUGUCUUAAUUCGAAGGAUUCACAAGGUGGAUAUUCCAUCUAUUAUAACCAAGAAACUGUUAAAAGCAGCAAUGAAGCAUAUAGAAGUGAUAGUUAAAGCCAGUCAGAAAGUAGAAAAUACAGAGUUUUUACAGCAAGCUGCUUUAGAAGAAUAUGGUCCAGAGCUUCAUGUGGCUUUGAGGAGUCGAAGAGAUGAAUUACACUAUUUAAGGAAACUCACUGAACUACUUUUUCCUUAUAUUUUGCCUCCUAAAGCAACAGACUGCAGAUCCCUGACCUUACUUUUAAGAGAGAUCCUGUCUGGUUCAGUGUUCCUUCCAUCUUUGGAUUUCCUAGCUGAUCCAGAUACUGUGAAUCAUUUGCUUAUCAUCUUCAUAGAUGACAGUCCACCUGAAAAAGCAACUGAACUGCCUUCCCCUUUGGUUCCAUUCUUGCAGAAAUUUGCAGAACCUAGAAAUAAAAAGCCAUCUGUGCUGAAGUUAGAAUUGAAGCAAAUCAGAGAGCAGCAAGAUCUCUUAUUUCGUUUUAUGAACUUUCUGAAACAAGAAGGAGCAGUGCAUGUAUUGCAGAUUUGUCUGACUGUGGAGGAAUUCAAUGAUAGAAUUUUGCGACCAGAGUUGUCAAAUGAUGAAAUGCUGUCUCUUCAUGAAGAGUUGCAGAAGAUUUAUAAAACCUAUUGUUUGGAUGAAAGUAUUGACAAAAUUCGAUUUGAUCCCUUUAUUGUAGAAGAGAUUCAAAAAAUUGCUGAAGGCCCUUAUAUAGAUGUUGUGAAACUUCAAACUAUGAGAUGCCUUUUUGAAGCAUAUGAACAUGUACUGUCUCUCUUAGAGAAUGUGUUUACACCUAUGUUCUGCCACAGUGAUGAGUAUUUCAGGCAACUUUUAAGAGGUGCAGAAUCACCAACACGCAAUUCAAAAUUGAACAGAGGUAGCCUAAGUUUGGAUGAUUUUCGGAGCACACAGAAGAGAGGAGAAUCAUUUGGAAUCAGCAGAAUAGGUAGCAAAAUUAAAGGAGUAUUCAAAAGUACCACAAUGGAGGGAGCUAUGUUGCCUAAUUAUGGGUUAGCCGAAGGUGAAGAUGACUUUAUUGAAGAAGGUAUUGUUGUAAUGGAAGAUGAUUCUCCAGUGGAAGCUGUGAGCACACCUAAUACUCCCCGAAACCUUGCUGCGUGGAAAAUUAGCAUUCCAUAUGUAGACUUUUUUGAAGAUCCCUCCUCUGAAAGGAAGGAGAAGAAGGAGAGAAUACCUGUGUUUUGUAUUGAUGUUGAAAGAAAUGAUAGAAGAGCAGUUGGGCAUGAGCCUGAACAUUGGUCUGUCUAUAGAAGAUAUCUUGAAUUCUAUGUACUUGAAUCAAAACUAACAGAGUUUCACGGCACAUUUCCUGAUGCCCAGCUUCCUUCCAAGAGGAUCAUUGGCCCCAAAAAUUAUGAAUUCUUAAAGUCAAAGAGAGAAGAAUUUCAGGAAUAUCUACAGAAACUUCUGCAGCACCCAGAACUGAGUAAUAGUCAACUUCUGGCGGAUUUUCUCUCCCCCAAUGGCGGGGAAACACAAUUUCUUGAUAAGAUACUACCAGAUGUAAAUCUUGGUAAAAUUAUAAAGUCUGUUCCUGGAAAACUAAUGAAAGAGAAAGGCCAGCAUUUGGAACCUUUCAUCAUGAAUUUCAUUAAUUCUUGUGAAUCUCCAAAGCCUAAACCAAGUAAACCGGAACUGACCAUUCUCAGCCCUACUUCAGAAAACAACAAGAAGCUUUUCAGUGAUCUAUUUAAGAAUAAUGCAAACCGUGCUGAGAAUACAGAAAGAAAGCAAAAUCAGAAUUAUUUUAUGGAGAUGAUGACUGUAGAAGGAGUCUAUGAUUACCUGAUGUAUGUAGGACGGGUGGUUUUCCAAGUUCCUGACUGGCUUCAUCAUCUCUUAAUGGGAACUCGAAUCCUGUUUAAAAAUACCUUGGAAAUGUAUACUGACUACUAUCUUCAUUGUAAACUAGAACAACUAUUUCAGGAGCACCGUUUGGUCUCACUUAUAACACUUCUCAGAGAUGCCGUAUUCUGUGAAAACACUGAACCUCGUUCUCUCCAAGAUAAGCAAAAACGAGCAAAACAGACUUUUGAAGAAAUGAUGAAUUACAUUCCAGAUCUGAUAGUCAAGUGUAUUGGUGAAGAAGCCAAGUAUGAAAGCAUCAGACUUCUAUUUGAUGGCUUACAACAGCCAGUUCUCAAUAAACAGCUGACUUAUGUUUUAUUGGACAUUGUGAUACAAGAACUAUUUCCAGAGCUCAAUAAGGUGAGAAAAAUGUUCUUAGGAGUGUAUCAUUCUGCUUGGGCUUCUAUAACAAAAUACCACAGACUGGGUGGCUCUAACAACAGAUUUAUUUCUCAUAGUUCUGGAGGCUAGAAUCCAAGGUAGGUUUCAUUGUGAGGCCUCUUCCUUUGGCUUGCAGAUAGCUGUCUUCUCACAUGUGCUCCUGACCUCUCUGUGUACCUUUGUGGGAGGAGAGAAGGAAAGAGCUUGCUUUCUCUCUCUCUCUCUCUCUAUCCUUAUAAGGGCAUCAGUCCAGUUGGUUAGGGUCCCACUCUUAUGACCUCAUUUAACCUUAAUUACUUCCUAAAAGCCCCAUCUCCAAAGAUAGUCACAAGGUGGUUUUGGGCUUCAACAUACGAAUUUUAGGAAGGCACAGUUCCAUCCAUAGCAGUGCCUGAGCUCUAUUUAAAGAAAAUGUGUAUAAAAAUCUACACAUACAAAAUUAAUUAUUCAUAUUAUCAAAGGAAAAGGAACCAGAUGCAGUCUCUGUUGGCAAGGCAUUUUAUAUUCACUAUCACGUUUUAUCAUCCAUCAUAGUAACUGUGAGAUGGUAUUAUUCCUAUAUUAUAGGUAAGGAUAUUGAAGCCAGAGAGAGUAGUGAAGUUAGAAUUCAAACUUCGAUUUGUCUCUCAUCUUGUCCUUGUUAGUGUUGCCCAUAAAAAGAGCUUUUAUUUCCAAAAGUAGUCACUCUUCGGAUCCUUUUAAAAAGUAUGUUCCCCAGUCAUUUCAUAUAUUUUACUUUGUACAUUCCUUCCUAUCUUUAUGUGUGUUCUUUUGUGCAUGAGCUUCACAUUUUGAAAUGUGUUGAUUAGAAACAACUAUCAGUGUUUCUGGUUGAGGGGAUAAAAUGAAAUUAAAUAGAUGGGAAGACAUUUUCAGAUAUUUAAAGGACAUUAAAAUUGUGUUUUAAGUAUAAUUAGUUAUAGAUAUCAGAAGAUCCUGAGAAAUGAUUGAAAGCAACCACUUAAAUGAUCAUUUUUGACUUAGUAAAAACCAUUUGAUUUUAUUGUAGAAAUAUAAAUAGAAAUCUAAUUUGCUUCUGUUUUUAGCAGUGUGUAAUGAUAUAUACACAAAUUGUAAUUUCAGAUAUAGUCAACAUUGGAAUAAAAAUGAUUGACUAAAUGAAUGAAUGAGCAAAUGAAUAGUUCUUGCCAGCUCAUUAUACUUCUGUGUCAAGGAGUAUGCUGUCUGUAACGUACCCAGUUAUCUCUUUGGCAGUGCUGGAUACACAAAGAAGAAAUCUUUAACCUGAGGCCCAUGAGCUCCAGUGAAAACUAGUUUGUUUGUUUUUUUUUAAUUUCACUUUUGUUAAUUUGAUAUUUAUGAUUUUUUUUUUUCUAUCAAACACUCUAUGUAGUGGAAGUAUUUGUAUUCCAAUGACACCCUAUUUACAUAAAGCAGUGGCAGGCAGGAUUUGGCUCUCAGGCUGCAGUUUUGCUAAUCCCUGAUGUUGAAGAACAAAACAAGGGAGAAAAAGGAAUACUGUUAGAAAAGUUAUAAUCACCUUCAUAUUAAGGAACAAGGGAAUUAAAUUUUUGGAGAAAGGCAGCUGUCCUUAGGGGUAACUUAAUUGGCCUUUUGGUUGCAGAGAAGUUAAAGAAGAGUCAAACACUCUGUGUAAUGAAAAGGGUGUCUUCUGUAGGUAGAGAAAUCUUAAUUAUCUGUAUUCUCUGGAGGGGUGAGGCCAGAGAAAAGGACUGUGUGUGUGGCUUUUGGACUGAGUGAGGAGGAGGGUGGCAGAAAGGUACAAGGGAAGGAAUUAUACACAGUUCAUUCAGUUUAUUCGUGUGUAGUGCACACUCACCCAUGUGCCAGGCAGUUUUAGAUAAGCUAGGGAUAUUAUUUGUGCAUUUAGAAGCCUACAUUCAAACUCCAAGAGACAGACAAUAAGAUAAAUAAGGAAAUUAUAGUAUCUUACAAAAUAAAUGCUCAGAAGAAACAUUUUGAACUGAGGAGGGGAAUAUGGGGGAGGGUUGCAGUUUUAAAUGGCGGGGUCUGGGACCUUGGAAAAGACUUGAGGGAAGUGAGAAAUCAGGUAAUGCAGGUAUGUAGGAGUCCAUGUUCCAAGUAGAGAAAAUAGCACAUGCAAAGGUUUGAGUGGGAGAGUGUUUUGUAGGAAGAAUAGCACGGAGAUCAGUGUGGCCACAUCAGGGAGAGUGAAGAGAAAUAAUGUCAGAGAAGUAAUGGGAAACCAGAUCACAGAGGGCCUUGUAGGCCAUUGGGAUAAUUUAUUGUUGCUUUUACUGGGGGUGUGGUAAAAAGAUUUUGAGCCAUUGAGCAACACAGUCUUGCUUAAUACUGUAAGACAUCACCUUGGCUGCUGAACUGAGAAUGUUGGGAACUGACUAGAGUGGAGCAGAAGUGGAGACCAACUCAUUUAGGAGGCUGCUGAAGCAAUUCAGAAGUGGCAGUGAUUUGAAGCAAGGUAGUACUUGUGAAGGGUGUUGUGUGCCUCUGUGUGUGUGUGUGUGUGUGUGUGUUGGGAAGCAAGAUUUACCCAGGGACAUAAUGUGAGUUUGAGAAAACGGGAGCCACCAAGGAUGACUCCCCUGUGUCCCCUGAAAAGAUGGUGGGGCUUGGGCCCUUAUCCCCAUUUCCUGUGAAUGUGACCUUAUUUGGAAAUAGUGGUUUUUUUUAGGUGACUAAAAUUAAGUCAUUACAGUGGGCCUAAUACAGUAUGACUUUGUUCUUAUAAAUAGGGGAAAUUUGGACAUAGAGACAGACAUACAGAGGGAAAAGAAUGUAAAAACAGAGGGAAAAUACCAGCUAUAAGGCAAGGAAUGCCUGAUGCUACCAGAAGCUAGGAGAGGCUUGGAGUAGAUUCUUCACGACAGUCUUCAGAAGGAAACAACCUUGCCAACUUGAUCUCAGGCUUCUGACCUCCAGAAGGGUGAGACUAUAAAUUUUUGUUGUUUAAGCCAUCCAGUUUAUGUCAAUUUAUUACAGCAGGCCCAGAUAACUAAUCAGGAAACUUUCCUAAUUUUGGGAAGUGUAGCCAUGGAUCUAUCCAUGGACCACAGACUCCUCAAGGGAGCAACUUUUCCUAAUGGGCAACUGUUGGCAGUCUCAACUUUCUUCUAAGAAACCCUGCUUAUUCUUUGUUAGAAACUGCUGAAGGCAGUUCUGGCACCAAAUGGAUUUAACGGAUCCAUUUGAUCAAGACAGAACAAUUGGUUUAUUUAUCAGUAUGCCUGAAGAAGAUUCUUAGAUGCACAGCCAGUUCAGACAAAUUAGUUAAAUCCCCAACAUUGUCCAACUUGGGCAUUUUUAUUUUUAGUAAACAACUACAAGCCUCAAAACAAUUUCUACAUUAGAUUCUGUAUAUGAAAGCCAGAAAAUUUAAGAGUAUUAUUUAAAAUAUCCUUUAUUUACUGUUUUCUCUUAUCUAAAAAUUGCAUGCAUUUUUCUUCUUGUUGUUUUGGCUGAAAAGGGGGCUAGGGAAGGUUAUCAAAUGGCAAGGGACUUAUGAUCAAGAGAAAUGAUACCAGUGAUAAACCAUCAAAAGUUUUCCUUCAGUUGUAUUGUCCCAGGUUAUAAUGUUUGCUUGAGAGAAGAAAUAACUACCAAAGACAAGGAGCAUAUCUUCAGUUUUAUUGCACAAUUGAAUCUACAGCUGUAAAGUGUUUGAGGUCAUUUCUUAAACCACUGCACAAUAUAUGCACAUAUAUUUAGAAAACUUACAAAAAUGUUCUUUAAAAAUUUGUGCUCUAAUAGGAUUCAUUGUAUUUUACUGGCCAAGCAUAAAAAUAUACUCCAAAUGCACCUUUCUCUAAUUUUCCUCUUCCAAUCCUAUUGACAUUUGCUUAUAGCUAAUCUGUAUAUGCAUAGAACUGAGGGCAUUAUUUUACUGCAGCAGCCUUUUUAAAGAUGUUAUAAAAUUUUUACAGUAUAGUUUGUAUCAAGAGUACUUAAUAUUUGUAAACAUUAACAAACACUCCCUCUCCAAACCUCUAGCUGCUGUUUGCUCACCAUUUUUUUUUUCAUUUAUUAUUUUUGAGAGAGAGA